AUCGCAUACAUCAUUGCCUAUACCCAGUCGAAUUAGCCUCGUCAUCUUAUCUUACCGAAAGCCACUACAGCCACCAGAAGCACAAGCAACCCUAAAAAAUGGAGAACCUCCUAUCCCUCGCGUUCGACAAUCUCUCAUCUUACGAUAGCCUUAAGAUCCGCAAGGGUCUACGUCAGGUCGAGGGUCUACUAGCUAAUAUUUGCCUGUCGCGGUCGCAGGGUAAAGAACGUCGCGGUUCUGUCAUUACGCAGCAGCAAGAUGAGCAGGAACCGCUUCCCCCGAAGACCCUCGAUGAAAUCACCGACGACCCGGCCUUUUACGAAUUCUUCAAACUGCAGGAGGGAUUCGAAUGGAACGUCGCUAUGCGCCUGGUUAACACUCUCGACCGCCUCUUAGCCAGGGGCAGCGACGGCUCUAACGACCUCCUAAUCUUAAGCGCACUAGACUUGGUUCAAGGUGUCCUGUUGCUGCACCCGCCGAGCAAGGCCAUCUUCUCGCGCGAGAUGCAUAUGAACCUCCUCCUCGACCUCCUCGAGCCAGACGUUUGCCCAGCAAUCCAAUCCGCCACCGUAGUAACCCUAGUCACCGCCCUCGUCGAUGCGCCGCGCAACACGCGCACCUUCGAAGCCCUCGACGGCCUGCUAACCAUAACCUCCCUCUUCCGCAACCGGUGCACGAGCCGCGACGUCAAGCUCAAACUCGUCGAGUUCUUGUACUUUUACCUCAUGCCUGAGGUGCCCUCCAUCCCCAGCGCCCGCGCUGCCCAGGACCUCGGUGUCCCACCCUUGCUCCAACGCAGCCCUAGUAAGCUUGCAAAGGCCUUUGCGUUUACCGGCGCGGGAAAGGGGGCAGCAGAUGGUGCGCGCCCGAAGUCUGCGGAGGAUGGCGAGACUAGGUCUCAAGAGGAGAAGCAGGCGCUGCUUGGUCGCCAUCUGAGCAGUGUACAAGAGCUUGUGGAGGACCUACGACAGAACACACCUUUUGGGGGUGUUGUGAUGUAGCGCGAACCUCGGGCCUCGUUUCAAGCUAUCAGAUUGCUAUUACGUUGCAAAACGUUUCAUUUUUAGGGAGUUAAGGAGUGAUCUACUAUACUAAGUUGGAGGAUACUUGAGCCGGUUCUCUCCUUGCCAGGGAAAUUUGGUUAGGGCAGUGGAAUACAUGAAAGGCAGACGAUAAUAAUGUC